AUGCAACCAAAUUACAACGAUACUAAGAAGAACACACCAAUGUUGGCUCCAGAACCAUUCCGACCAGCUAAUGUACAUCCUAUCGCUGAAGAGAUGCAAGACUUACAGCCGGUGUAUCCACCACAAGCAGUUGUUAUACAUGGUGGUAGUAGGCCGGUCAGUAUGGAUCCCUCUGAGAGCACACUCUCGAGAACAAGUAGCACCCGCGCAAGUGUUGGUUAUGUAUCCUCGGCAUCUAGCACAGUAAUCGGAUCAGAGUCAAGCCUAGGAUCAGAUUCGACUCUUUUGAGUUUCAGACAACCCAUAUCAGAAAAACCUUCGGCCUGGCUCCACCGUCGCCAAAGAGGAUCUGCUUGCGGUAGAUGCAUACUGGGUAUGGCCGGACUAGUCGUCUUCCUUGUGAUGGUGGCUGCAUUUGUUCUCUGGAUCAGCAAUGGUUACAUCUUUCCCGCGCCUCAGUAUUCAACAGAAUAUGCUCAAAGCCCACGCUCAUCAAUAAUUUCAGAUGUCAAAUAUUCUUCAGUAAUAGAAACCGCAUCAAUCGAAGCAUUAGUUGCUGCACCAGAGCCAACCUAUCUAAUGAUAAACGGUGAAAAAGUUCCCAAAAAUGCGCGUAGUCCAAGACUCCUUUAG